AUGUCCUUCUACGCAGCACCAAACCACCAGCGGAGUCUACGCGCUUGCAUGGUCUGCUCCGUCGUUCAAACACACACGGUAAGGCUUUGUCAAUUCCCCACCUCCAGCCCGACACGGACACUGACCACACGCCCCGAGCAGAAAUUCAUGCGCGACGGCUGUCCAAACUGCGAGAACAUCCUCCAACUCAGCGGAAACACCGACGCCAUCCAAGAAUGCACGUCGCAGGUCUUCGAGGGGUUGAUCUCUGUACGCGACCCGAACGCCAGCUGGGUGGCGCGCUGGCAGCGGUUGGAUAACUAUGUCCCGGGGACAUAUGCAACCAAAGUGACGGGGACGCUCCCGGAAUAUAUUAUCAACAGCCUCGAGGAUUCCGGUAUCAAAUACGUUCCUCGCGAUGGGAGCACCGGUGAGGAGGAGUCAUGA